AUGAGUGGAUGUGCCGCCGCCGCAGCUGGUCAUUGUGGAGGUUUUUUGAUUACUGCAAACAAUGCACUUCUCAGCCUUGAAGUGACUGAAAGCAACUCACCUGGACGGAGUACGGAUAUCUCUGUAUACCAGUUGGCCACCUCGGUCAAGUCUAUCCUCUAUUCUGCCGAUGUGAUUGCGCUGUCUGCUUCACAUGUUCUCAUGGCUGCCGGUACCGUCUUCGGAGAAAUCAUUGUAUGGUCAUGUUUCUUAAGCGAUGAUGGCUUGCAUAAAGCCAAUGCCGUUGGCUCCAUUCACCAUUUCUUCACGGGACAUGAGGGAUCAAUCUUCAACGUCCGCAUCUCUCCUCAAAUAUCGUCCCUGAACCCAAACCAGCCCGGCAGGUUCCUGGCAAGUUGUAGUGACGACAGAACAGUCCGAAUCUGGGACAUCUCGGACUGCGAAAACAAAACAGCGCAAGACCCCUCUGCAUACGCAACGGACGGGUACGAUCUGCGAAGCACAGGCUUUGGUCCUGUUGGAGCAGGGGAUCAAACUGUUGGAUCCGAGUCAUGUGUCGUGCAAGCAUUUGGACACGCAGCCCGCAUCUGGGGUGUUUAUUUCAGAUCCAUUCAGAACAAAGACCAAACUCACGUGGGGCUAGUAUCUCGCGGAGAGGACUGCACAUGCGUCAUGUGGGAUCUGAGCUGGUCAAAAUCUUCAGAUGGCGCUACCAGUUAUGAACUCACGGAGGCUUCUUCAAUACAGCCUCAUAUCGGCAAACAUAUCUGGUCCCUGGAUCUUCACAGACUUGAUUCUGAAACCGUGGUUUAUACUGGAGGUGCCGAUGGGGCACUCAAGCGUUUCUCCAUCAAGGAGAUUGAUGAUACUCAGCUGCCAGUCCGUCCUGCACCUGAGCCAGAAAUUCCUGGUUUCCAGAGGAAAAGGAAGCAACCUACGACCGAUAGAGCGAGAGCGUUCGCAUUUGUUUCGCCGAGCUGCCUUCUCUGCGUAUCAACUAAUGGACAGGUGCAGCUUGGACACAUGGACCAGACAGGCAGAUCAACGACUUCGUGGGAGGUACUACGUGAGGUACCUGAUCUUGGCUCUUUCGCUGUGAUCACCGGUCUUCCUCGAAAAGGCCUAGCAUUGAUAGGUAACUCCAGGGGAUUGAUUCAAAUCUACGAUCACGCUGCCAGAUCGUUUACCGACGUUGCCACUAUCGGCUCACGGCCUCUUGGGCUAUUCUUCCUUGAAACCAACUCCUCUUCGACCCAGUUCUUGAAAACCGCCAAGGAAAUCACCUUCCUUGUCUGUUAUCCAACAAAGGAGGAGGCGACGCUCGUCACGGCCUCUGGUUGGAACAGCGAUAGCUUCAAGACCCAUGCUGUGACUUUCAAAUUGCCUUCUACUUUUGUAGUUUGCAGUGCGGCUUUGAUCUUCGAGGGACAGUAUUUGAUGAUUGGCUCGAAAGCAGGUGGUCUUGCUGUUUACCAAACGCCGAAAAACGAUGAGACUUCUGAGCCGACAUUGAUUGACCGACGUAUCCAUGGCCGAGAAUUUGUGAAUCACAUUCACACAGUGUCAUCAACUAACGGCAGUGAUGGCACGCAAUCAGAUUUUGUAUUGACAUGUGGUCGCGAUGGGACUUACUGCCUCCACGAAAUGCGGCUCGGUGGAAAUAAGACCGAUACCCUUUCUAUGAGAAUAGUGCACCGCACGGCAUCCAUGAUCGGUGGAAACAUUGAAGGUGCCUAUGUUGACGAACUUACCGGUGACUUUAUGCUAUACGGAUUCAGGUCUCAAGAAUGGGUCCUGCGCAAUGAGUCGAAAUUAACGGAUAUCAUAAACAUUGCGUCUGGUGGGUUCCGUCGAGACUGGGCCUUUUCUCCCGGGUCAAAAGAUGCCAAUGCUUGCUUCGUGUGGCGGGAUGAUGCUUCUCUGGUCGUAACUCACAUACAACCUGAUGCUAGUCACUUGCUUCGAGCCGGUGGUCACGGCCGAGAACUCAAAGCGGUUGAUGUAUUCAGUGCUCCGGAAGGAGGCCGAUCACUCAUUGCCACAGGGGCAGAGGACACCACCGUACGCCUGUUCGCCCCAACCUCUUUGGUGUCCGCUAGCCCGUGGGGCACCUUUGAGUGUGUGCGCGUUUUGGAUAGACACAAGUCUGGAAUUCAACAAGUCAGUUGGUCCAAGGAUGGAAAAUAUCUAUUCACGAGUGCCGCAUUUGAGGAGUUCUUCGUUUGGAGAGUUCGUGCCGUCCCUUCAUUUGGAAUUGCUACGAACCUUUUGGCCGCUAGUCCCAAGGAUGAUCCAAAUUCUGAUCUCCGUAUCUUGAGUUUCGAUCUCUUGGAAGUGAAGGAGGUAGAUGGAGGGCAAGGGUUCCUCCUGUGUCUCACCUUUUCAAACUCCACCAUCAAAAUCUUCCACUUCUCGCCGUCUGGGUGUCAUUUCAGCCUUUUGACCCGCGGGACAUACAUGACGAAUUGUUUGACACAGGCUCACUUUUUGGUCACCGGCUCUUCUGUGAAUCUGAUCACCGCAGCUACCGAUGGGUUCUUCACACUCUGGGAUAUAACUGCAACACUUGAAUCGUUCUACACAAUGACUGACUCAGUGUUGGAGGCCAAGCACGCAUUCAACGGCUCGUCUGCCCCAGCAGAUGAUAUCACAUGCGAAGGCCGAUACCAGAUUCACUCAAACAGCAUCAAAGGAAUGGAGCUAGUGCCCUUGUCCGAGACAGCUACUGCCAUUGUAGCUGGAGGCGACGAUAAUUCUAUCUCCGUCUCUCUUCUGCACACAUCGUCAACGACCACUGAUCCUAGAGCGAAUGUUGCCACAGUAUCCAUCCCGGAUGCUCACGCCGCGGCUGUUACAACAGUCAAGGUACUCAGUCAACACAAUAUCCCUGAUACUUCUUCGAACACAGCAUCCACCAAGAUCACUGUGGCAACCUCGGGCAAUGAUCAUCGGGUCAAGAUUUGGUCUAUCGUCGUGGACCCAGCACAACCUGGCACCCAGGGAAUCAGCGUGGAAUUUUUGCUCGAUAGAUACAGCGCGGUAGCAGAUGUAUCCUCAUUGGGUCUUGUUCGGAAGCAUGGCUCUGUCAAUUCGUCUGACAGCGAUGUACCCGGGUCGCAAAAUAGCCAGGCCCAGUUGGUAGUGUGUGGUGUCGGUAUGGAGAUGUUCGGUGUCAAGGAUUGA